UUCGCCCGGUGAUUCACGCGCGAAGCGGUCGCGUGUUGUUGUUCCUGCCGAGUGAUUUAAUAGUUUGUACCUCGUACUUACGUGCUCCAUUGCAAUGGAGGAAAUUAUCGAUGAUGGUGAAGACACAAGCGAUUCAGAAGUAAUAGUUAACAGUCAACAAGAAUAUGAACACAUACAAAUUAAUAGUGUUAAUGAAGAAAAUUCGCAAGAAGAAGGAAGAAGUAGUGUGAUGAAAAGAAAAGAGAGAGAAGAUGAUUAUAGUGCAGAAGAUGACUUUAUUACUGUUGAGAAGAGAAAACCCAAGAAAUUUAAUCGAAGUGAUUCCUCAGAAUUUCUACCCAACAAGAGGGUAGAUCGAAAUAAAAAUCAAAAUGAACAAAUAGAAGACAUUAAUACCUACGAAGUUUGUAUUACUUCAAUGGAAAGUUUACCAAAACAAAUGGCUUUGGCUAAACUUCUUAGAAUGGAGAAUAUUAAAGGAAUCAGCAGAAUCAAAUAUAAAAGUUUUAACAAAGUACUGCUACAGUUUAACAAAGAAGAAGAGGCCAAUAAUUUACUAAGCUGUCAAAAAUUUAAGGAUAUGGGUUUUAGGUGCCAGAAGGUAAAUGAAUUGUCAUUAUGUUACGGAAUUGUAAAAGGAGUAGACAUGGAUAUGAAUGAAAAUGAAUUACAGAAAUUAUUAGAAAGUGAGUCUAAAAUUAUUUCUAUUAGUCGACUGAAAAGACUGAACGCAGACGGUAAAUGGGUCGACAGUGAAACUGUAAGGAUUUGUUUUGAGGGAAACACCUUACCAACACACGUAUACGCGUACGAUUGUCGCUUUAAAGUUGACGCAUACGUGUUCCCGGUGACUCAAUGUUCAGGAUGUUGGCAAUUUGGACAUGUAUUAAAGUAUUGUCCAACAAAAAAGAAGUUAUGUCCUAAAUGUGGAGGCAGCCAUGAAAACUGCGAUACAAAAGAAUUGAAGUGUUUAAAUUGUAAAGGUCCCCAUAUUGUUCUAGAUAAAACAUGUCCCUUAUAUCUUAAAGAAAAGCAAAUCAGAUUAAUUAUGAGCAAGGAACAAAUACCCUACCGAAGAGCUCUUCAAUCAUUAAUUGAGAAUCGCGAAAAGACUACGAACUUGUCCCAAAGUUCACAUAGUCCAACUUUGUUUACAAGUAUAGUAAGAGGAAUGAGAACUUAUAGUGAUGUAGUCUCAAAGACGCCAGUCCAACGAGAAGCAAGGGUAUUCAAUACAAAUUCAAUGGAACAGUCUGGCGAGAUAGCACUGGAAACCAGAAGUAGUAAAGAAACGGCUAAAAAUAAAAAACCUUUGAAGACCAAACAGAGAAUUGAAACAACUCAAUUUGAAGCGGAACAGGUGGUGGAGACAGAGAGUGGAGCGUCGCAGAAAGAAGAGGUAGAAAAGGGUAAUCAACAAGAUGAACAAUUACGGUAUAGAUUUGAAUUUACUAAACUAAUAUUAAAGAUGAAGGGUAUUUUGAUGUCUGAGGACAAAUUAGAGGCUAAAAUUAUUUCAGUUUUAAGAAUGAUUUGGGAGGAAAUUUUGAAGGUAAUACUAUCUAUGUUUUCUAAAGGAGAUGUUAUUGAAAAAAUGGUUAAUUUUAUAAAUGGGUAAUAACGUUCAUGAUAAUAUACAGAUAAAUAUACUGCAAUGGAAUGCACAAAGUCUACGGCCAAAAUUAAUAUCUUUUAGGGAGCUUUUAUAUCAAGAAAAUAUACAUAUAGCUAUUCUUAGUGAGACAUGGCUU